AUGAAAGCUAAGCUCGCCGUGGUAUGGCUGCUUAGUUUGGGAAAAAGUCUCUUUGCCACUCCACCAUAUUCACUACCUCAGUACCCUGCACACUGGGCCCUGCCGUCUCAGACGUCGGACGGUAUGGCGACCGGUGAGAGGCGAUCAAAUCUCAGGUUGCUUAGGACGCCAUUGAUCCUGGACCAAUGCGACACACGCACGACUCGCCAUGGAGACUGUCUUAGACUGUGUACUUACAACGCGAGAACAGUUUCCACAGACGCUGACCUGCAUGCCAUUCUCGGGGCUGCAGAGCUUAUCAAAUUUCACGUGGUUGCUCUGCAGGAGACCAAGUGCAGAAGGAGCGACAUACGACAGAUGAAUGACGGUACACUCGUCAUUCGUGGAGAGAAGGUUCCUUCGCGAAAUGUAGGCGGUGUUGGUUUUGUUGUGCACCCAUAUGUCGUCCAUCUCGUCGAUUCUCACGAGAUCCUGUCACCUCGUCUGGCCAUUCUUCGCCUCCGCCCUCUGCGCCAAAAACCCAUCAGUAUCAUCAACUGCUACUCACCAACAUCAGCAGCUGAUGAAUCCGAAUUGAACGCGUUUUACGAGGAGCUGGAGGAAGUAGUCCGCAACGAGAAGUCCUUCUACAAAUUCGUUGUCGGAGACUUCAACGCAAAACUAGGAAAUGCCACAGAAGAGGAAUAA